CGAUAUUAGAAGCUAUUCGUGCUUCCGGUGGUAGUUUGAAUAGAAAAAGUUUGCCGGAAUUAAGGGAAUUUUGUAGAACGAUCGGAUAUGAGCCUAGUGACUUUGAUAGGUUAAAUGUUAUUCAUAUUGCUGGUACAAAGGGAAAAGGCUCAACAAGUGCAUUUGUAGAAUCAAUCUUAAGACAUUAUAAUCAAAGUCAGAUUCGUACAGGUCUUUAUACUUCGCCACAUCUUGUUGCAGUUCGUGAAAGGAUUCGUUUGAAUGGAAAUAAAUUGAGCGAAGAAAUGUUUGCAAAAUAUUUUUUUGAAUGCUGGGAUAAACUUUAUUCGAACAAAAAGAAAGACGAUAGUCGACCUACCAUGCCAAAUUAUUUCAGAUUUCUUACAUUGAUGGCUUUUCAUGUUUUUAUGAAAGAGAACGUUGAUGUAGCUAUAAUAGAAACUGGAGUUGGAGGCGAAUAUGACUCAACAAAUAUUAUUGAAAGACCAAUUGUGUGUGGUGUAACAUCUUUGGGGCUUGAUCAUCAAAAAUCUUUGGGUGAUACAAUAGAAUCGAUAACUUGGCAUAAGAGUGGUAUUUUCAAGAAAAAUGUUCCAGCUAUUACAGUUGAACAAUCAGCAUCUAGUAUUGAAAUAAUGACGAAACGCGCAAGUGAAAUUAAUGCUCCAUUUAUCUCAACUAAAUCAUUAAAUGAGGAAAUGUUAGAUAGGUUAAGAAUAAAACUUGGAUUGGCAGGGAAACAUCAAUUUACAAAUGCAUCGCUUGCGAUUGAAUUGUGCCGGAUUUGGUUAGAGAAACAAAAAGGCAUUAAAUUAACAGAAAAAAUUCCUAAGGAGUUUAUUCCGGGAUUGGUUCAAGUUUCUUGGCCCGGAAGAUCACAAGUCUUAAAAUUAUCACAAGACCAGGGUAUAACUUGGUAUUUUGAUGGAGCCCAUACAUUAGAAAGUACACAGGCAUGCAUCGAAUGGUUUAAAGAUGUAGCAUUGAAGACAGAUGAUGAUGUUGAAAGGAUAUUACUAUUUAAUAGUACUAGAGAUGGAAUAGAAAUUUUGAAAAAAAUUACACCUUUUAUUAAAUUUGAUCACGCGAUUUUUUGCACGAAUGUCACUUUUAUAUCGAAUAAAUUUAAGCCAGAUUUACAAAACAACGUGAUUAAAAUUGAUGAAAAUUUAACAUUACAAAAACAAAUGGCAGAAACGUGGAGUUUAUUAAAUUCUAAAGUAGACAAUCCAAUUGAUAGUAAAACUUACGUAUUUUCAACGAUUGAAGGAAGUAUUAUAUGGAUAAGAGAACAUUAUCAACAAACAAAGAAAGAGAUUCAAGUAUUGACUACAGGAAGUUUACAUCUUGUAGGAGGGGUAAUGGCCGUAUUAGAUAUUGACGUCUAA